ACACAACACUGACAAAAUAAUUUUCGAACAAAAAAUACAAAAUAUCAUCAAAAAACCUCACUGAUCGAGGUGAAAAUCGCAUUUACUGCAGUUUGUCGCACGAAAAGUAUGCUAUAGUUGAAGAUUUCAGUGCAAAAGUGUGGAAAUAGCAAAGAUGUCCGUGACGAUUGACUCGAUAAUAUUGGAUCUCAAGAGGGUCUGUGUGAAGCAAAAGGAUCGCGAAGCACUCGGCGACUCUCUGAUAUCCGAAACAGAAAGUGUCAGCAAACAAAUAGAGGCCAUGAAAGAAUACCAAGAUGACUUGGAAGUGCUAAAUAAAUUGGCACGUGAACGUUCCAACCUACAGCUAAUUGCGCAAAUACACCAAGAAAAUCCCCAAAUUCGUGAGAUUCAGCAGGAAAAUCGACAGCUAAAAGCCUGCUUGGAGGACCAUCAACACGCCUUGGAACACAUCAUGCAAAAAUAUCGGGAACAUACACAGAAGAAAAUCAAAGAGACCAAAUUGGACUUUACCGCGAUACAAAACACGGAUCAAGUGGAGAUAAUUCAGAAGCAGUCACAAAAAAUACAGGAAAUGGCGGCGAUCAUGCGAAAGGCCUGCGAAAUGGAUCAAGAUAAAAUCAACAAGGAGCACGAGUAUCUAAGUCAAUUAAUUACGGAAAAUAAGGGACUUCGAGAAAUGCUCGAAAUUUCGCAAAAAUUUGGUGAUACGCGAUCAUUGACGGGCGAAGACAAAGGCACGCAAACGGAAGAAAGCGAACUAAAUGACUCUUGGUCCCCGAAUAAGCCGCCAUUGAAGAAAUCAUCGUGACCAGCAUAAGCCAUUUCUUUCUUCCAUUCGUCAGAGACAUACUCGAUUCGAUUGUAUCUUAGUAACAAGAAACUGUUUUUUUUUAUUAUUUGUCAUCGAAACCGUCAUCGACUACUUUUCUUCUGUAUUAAUAUUGGAUAUGUCGAUGGGUUUUGGGCAAAAUUAACAAAAAAAAUCAUCGUGGACACGAAUCAAUCAAAUUAAAUUAUUAGAAAAAAAAUUGUGUCCCUCUUCGACUAAUUUUCCAUGCGUCGUAGGUACUGGAUUCAAUAAUAUUAUUACUCUACAACAACAAAAAAUAUACAUUAGACUAAAUUAAUAACUGAUACUAAUUUAUUAUUACAACAACAAAAAUUUAAAGUAUUGAAAUAUUGAUAAAUAAUAAACAGGAAAUGCUAA